GUACUUCUAUAACUGUUAGCAAACUACACCGCCAUCUUGGUAGGCCAAAACUGGCUUCAAAAAUUUUUCUGAAUGCGCUAUCCACUUAUUAUUUUGAGAUCAGUGGUUGGUAAGCAUGACUUGGCUUCCAUUUGUGGCAUACUAUUUUCCUAUUUUUCUUCUAUGUCAACUAAAAUUAAAGCAAUGCAACCUAGUGGCUCCAUUAUCCAAUCAAGAAGAAAUUUGCAAAUCAAUAACUUUUAUACAACCAAUUAUUCGUGAAGGGUGCGACACAAUUAUGGUUGAGAACAGUUAUUGUGUUGGUUCAUGCAAAUCAGUAACAAGUAUCUCAACAGACACAAAUAUAAACCCAUCAAAUUUUUCAUAUUAUUGUGAUGCGGCAGAAAUUCAUGAAGAAAAAUUUCAAUUGAACUGCAACUCUCGGAAAAAAAAAAAUUUAACAAAAAUAAUCGCUGUAGUAAAAUCGUGUAAAUGUAAAGCUCAAAUUUUGUAACUAUUAGUAACAAACUUGUAACUACUCUGUUUAUAGAGCAUUAACAUCUAAGAAAUUUUUUCUGCAACUAAAAUUACGAAUAUUUAAUCACUAAUAAAUAUAUAAAUAUGAUUGUA